GGUAACCUUACGCGUAUAAGUUGCGAAAAGAAACAGAGUUUUGGGUGCACAAAAGUCAUAGAUAGCUCAAGAUUGGUUGAGCUAAUCUACUACAAAUAAAGACUAACAUAUAAACUUAAGACAAUGGGGGAGAAAAAUGGGCAUGUUGGUAGUCUCUUAGAGGAUAGCUGGUUCUUUGGAAACAGCUUAUUAAGCAAAUCACAAUCAUCUAAAAUUAUGGUAAGGUGUAACUCUGAUCCUUGUCCUUCUUCUUCAAGUACUAAGGCAGAGGCUCUGGUUUCCGAUCAAGAUCGUGCAUCGAAAAUGAGUAGUCUACUCCGAACGCCGUCUCUUCCGCUUGGAUUGGGUGGUGAUAGGAAGUAUCAACUAGGCGAGGAGGAGGAUGAGUAUUAUGAGGACGAACCGAGGAUGGGUGAUUUAAUAAGGCAAGCAAUGCCAUUGCCAUUGCCUUUGCCUUUACCUAUGCCUAGGAGGAGAUUGGACCGAACACCGUCUCUUCCGCCUUGUAGGGGAAAGGAGGUUCUUUCGACAACGGUGGUGCAGGGUGGUGGGGGAGUUGGAAGAUUGAGCCGGAGAGAGUCGUCGGUGGAGUCGACUUUUUUGUUGCAAGAGAAAGGUCCUAUUGCUGUAAUGACUAAACUUACUAGAAGAGCCUCUAUUGAUUCUUCUAUGUUGUUGCCUCCUAAGUGCACUACUUAUAAGGGCACGAAGCAGAGUACGAGCAGCACCAAGAACCGACCACACCGGAAGCUAGCAGAGUCUUCAAAACCCGACAUAAAACCUGAGAAACUCGACAAGAGCAAGUCUGAGAAGAGCCUAACCGAUCUAGAAGUGGAGGAAUUACAAGGUUUUAAGGACUUAGGCUUUUCAUUUGACAACAAAGAGUUAAGCCCAAGUGUGACACAAAUACUUCCUGCGUUACAAAGAAGGGCUAGCCUUGAUAGUAACCACGUAGAUAUUGUUAAGGCUAGAAGGCCUUAUCUUUCAGAGUCAUGGCAAAAAAUAUCUCCUUUAUCAACACCUCCAUGUCCGAAACGAAUCGACCCAAAAGCCCCGUCAAGUGAUGAUAUGAAGGCUCAGAUCAAAUUUUGGGCCCGAGCCGUGGCUUCGAAUGUCCGUCAAGAGUGUUGAUCAUGAUCAUACAAAGUGCAGCAAAAUUACUCCAUCUACACUAAUUAUUAUUCUUUAAUCUUUUAAUUAAUGGAAUUGAUUAAGUUUAGGAAUGUUGACUUAGACAUUGGAAUAAGAUUAACUUUGGUUUUCCA